CGUACAGUAAGACGGGCAUAUCACUUAUAACAAUCGCUUACUGUAAUUACUGACAGGACUCCUCAGAAGAACCGAAACACUAAAUCGAUGGAUUCUUGAUAAGUGUCUGUCCUGUCGUAGGAAAGUGUGAACUUCGAAUCAAGGAAGAUUCGCACUUGUCGAUUGAAGAAGAGAGAGAGAUACAGAGAAACCUUGGGAGUUACUAUUAUGGCUUCGUCAAGUGCUAACGCUAGCACACAACCCGUCCUUUCACCAGCGACAGUGUCCGGUCAGAGACGUACCUCUGCUCCAUCUGUCAAAGAUUCCAAGACUUCGAAACAAACCAAAAACCACAGCUCAAGUGCCAAAAGGUUACAAAAGGAACUCGCAGAGAUCACACUAGAUCCUCCACCUAAUUGCAGUGCUGGACCCAAGGGAGACAACCUAUAUGAAUGGGUGUCCACCAUUCUUGGCCCAAAGAGCUCUGUAUAUGAGGGUGGUGUGUUUUUCUUGGACCUUAACUUUUCACAAGAUUACCCAUUUAAACCCCCAAAGGUGACUUUCCGUACCCGGAUCUACCACUGUAACAUCAACAAUCAGGGCCACAUAUGUCUUGACAUCCUCAAGGACCAGUGGAGUCCAGCACUGACCAUCUCAAAAAUACUCCUAUCAGUGACUUCCCUCCUCUCAGACUGUAAUCCACACGACCCUUUAGUUGGGAAUAUUGCACAGCAGUAUUUGACCAAUCGUGAGGAGCAUGACAAAAUAGCUGUGCAGUGGACCAAGCGAUUUGCAACAUGAAGAUUGAUUGGUUAUUCAUUAAAAUAUUUGUACACAGAAUGGAUUUGAUUGGUGAAUACUGAAAGAAAUAUGAAAGCAUUUAGUAAUGUGUCUAGUUUACUGUUCAUUCCACUUAAAUUGAUUUAUCAGUAUUUUCAAUUAAUAUCAAAUUGUAAUACUGGCACUCACAAUUCUUUCCAUGGAUUUCUAAGACGUCACCUACAAAAUUCAAAUUGAAUUAAAAGAUAUUUUCUUUGCUCUUUAAAGAUUCUGAAAUUUACUGGUGUUUAGCCACUUUGCUGAAAUCAGGAAUGAAGCUUUUGUACUGUGACUAACCAAAUUCAUUAACAUUGAUCUUUCAAAUGGAAAGUAUAAAACAAUGUAACGACAAUAUUACCAUUAUUUUUAUUUCCUAAAGACCAAAAUACAUUUUGAUGAGAAAAACAAAAUGAGAAAAGUGCACAAAAUCCAAGCACACCAUUGUUAUUGUACUGAUAUCAUUUAGCUACACUUGAUAUUUUAACACUGAAAUUUCUUAUUACUGUAUAGCCAGUUAUUUUCGCAGGAAUGAUAUUUUCACUGUUUUGCGGUACUUCAACAUGAUUGCAAAAAUAUAAUCUGUGAAAUAAUGAGAUGUGUGUAUAGAUGUACUUUUACAUCACGAUCACAAAAUUUUUGAUUCGUUAAAGAAUUAUUCGAUCUUUUGAAAGAAAUAAAAUGGCAAAAAUUUGACCCAAGAAAAUGAUAAUCUUUACAGUAAUUAGGCAUACUGUAACAAGAACUGAGAGUCAAAUUAAGCGAGAUGGAUCGUUUAUCUGAAUGGUUUUCAUGACUGAAUGAGAUAUUCACAUACUACAGUAUGAUUUGAAAGUGAGUAAAAUGUGAAUGUUACAAGAAAUCUGAUUGGUCUUGCUACAAGUUUUUUGAUUGGUGUAUUUACAAAAUGGAAAUUUUUAAAGAUUUGAUCAAAAGUCUGUAUUUAGAGAUAUCUUGUGUGACAACUUGUUAUAUAGAUUGUGUAACUUUUAUGCUGAAUGCAGACUGUAUUGACAAGAAUUUGGACAAAGUGAUAAAACUCUGUUUGUUUAUACAGACAUGAUUAUAUGGAUAUGUCUGAUUGUGAAUGAUCAUUACUGUUCCAAGAAACGGGUAUUUACAGUGUGAGACAUUGUCGUUAAUCAAACUGUGGAGUAUAUUGAUUUGAAUAUGUUCCUAUAGCAACAAGUAUGAAAUGAGUUGUGUAAAGAUGAGUUGCUUUGAAAUAAGAAAAUGUAGAUCCCAUACAAGAAGUAUAGUGCUCAAUUUUAUGAGUCAAAAACUUGUAUUUUCAUGUACCAAUAUGUUAAAGUGUUGAAAAUAUAAUGAAUAUGUAUGAUGUCAACAAAAGUUAGUGAAAAGAUGUUUGUAUUGUAUAGUUAAAACUUCAUUAGUGACUACACUUCUAUCAGACCAGUACAGGAUCUAUACUGACCUGUAAAAGUACUGUACAACUAAAUGUACUGGUCCUUACUGUGUGCAAAUAAAUCAGAUGUGCAGGUGGUUGUAAAUCAGAUAAAAACAGAUUGCAGGAAUUAUAGUACAAAUAGUGUUGAUCUGGUUACACUUCAGACAUAAACUUUUGAUAGUCACUUUGUCAACACUAUAAACUGAACAUCUACCUGGUUACAUAUCAAACACUGCUGCAUCUUCACGUUUCUUUUUUUUUAUUUUAUAUAUCUAAACUCUGAAGAUCUUACAUCCUACCAUGUUUGUAUAUCACACUUUUCAAGUGUUUUCAUGACACGCCAAGGGAUACAUCUUUAAGAUGAAGCCGUUCUAAAGAAUGGUCGUUUAGGUUUUGUCAUCCACUGACAUGCAAGUUAAACUACCCUUGUUAAUAUUUCAUUGCCUUUUUAGUAUGGAGAAUGAUAAGUUACAAAAUAUGCUUUAGUUAACUGCUUAUGUAUUGUUGAUUUUUAAAAAUUAAAGACCUUAUUGAAGACUUUUAUGCUUUUUUUACAUAAUGUAUAGAGUUAUGUCCCUUGGUUCAACAUCAUCCAAUUGCAUGUAAAUCUUUCUUGGGUCACUAGGUACAGAAUUACGGCUAUUUGUCCUCUGUAUUGAUAAGAGCCUACAUUCAUGUUCCAGUUGUACAUUGUAGUCAAGACAAAUACUGCCUUUUCUCAAUCAUACUGUUACAAAUUGUUGUUUUACCAAUAGUUUGACACUACAAGAACAUCCCUUUUAUAAAAGCCAUGUAGUAGACAUAUUUCUUAUUUGUAAUUUUUAAAGGUUGCCAUUUUUGCAAUUUGUAAUUUUUUCCAACCUCCAGAACAGCACAAAUUAAAAGUAAAAGUAAACCCACUUAUGUACAGUGGUCUUGGUUAAUGUUUUCAUACCAAAGCUUGAACAGAUUUGGUACUGCUGAUAAGAUUCUGCCUUUUCCAUUUGUCCUAAUAUGAUAAUAUCUGGACAAAAAGGAGAUGAUAAUGGCGUUAAUUGGUUUGUAACAGUUAAACAAAUUUUUGUUAAUAAGCCACCUGUAUAUGAUAUGUUGUGAUAUGCUAAUGUUGUAAUAAAUAAGAACAACUUUGUUUUAA